AUGGCGACCGUGUCGAUACACUUUGCUCAGUUUCUCCAUCAGCUGGUGGACGCGGAUGCAUUCUUGCAACACUACAUACUCGAGCGCGUCUCUGCUCACGUUGCGUUUCAUGAGUCCACGACCGUAAUCUCCCCAUAUGUUGACCCGGCAGCGCCGCUCGACGCUGUGCCUCUAUGGUCUCGCCCGGAAGGCCUUCCACCUCUCCCACACGGUGCAUAUUCAAAGCCGCAGUCGGAGAUUGAGCCGUCUCUGCGUUGGGCGCCUGUGGAAAUGGUGCUGAUGCUGGACGUGUUCGAGGUGGCUCAGCGCUCCCCGAGUGGGUGCCAGUUUCUCUUCCUCACUUCCACUGUCUCCAUGGAGGCUUCAGCCUCUGUGGCUGUGGCCGCGUGGCUGAAGUGCUAUGUAACAGGUUUCGCCGAGGAGCAGCGCACCGAGGGCACCGUGGCGACGUCCUGUGCCGGUGGGCGAAGGCGGCCCUCGCUGUGGCCGUGGUCGUGGUGCACGGCGAUUCUUCACGGGAAGCUCGAGUGCAAAGUGCGGCUUCUUCUUCUGCGUAUUCCUAGUCUCUACGCCAUGGCCACCUCUGGCGCAGGGACGCUUGGUCCUGGCAAGCGUCUCUGCGACGCGCUCUCUGUGACUCCCGCUAUAGCGGCUCCAUCACUUCUGCAUUCUGGAGAGGCCGACUCCUUGACAGAGCAGCUUAGCUCCAUCCUGCCUCUCUCCAUGAAGUUGGAGCAGCUGCCCAGUGCACGGCUCACGAGCACGAGCACGAGCAGCCCCUGCCGCACCUAUCCGUCCGACCGCUUCUUGGAGUGCUCGCACGCAGUUCACGUAACUGGAGUUGUCCACCAGGUCUUCUACGAGGGCCACAGCGCAGCGCUGCCCGCUCCCUGGGUGACGGUGCUACUGCUUCCACUAGCAGCACCUCUUCCUCAUUCCGCUUUUUCUAAGUGCGGCAAAGAGUCACCCAGGCGUCGGGAGGUCGACUUGAGCCUCCUCGGGUUUCCCCAGUACAGUGCCGUUGCCGUCAUCGGAGGCGUCAUUGCGGUGCGUGGCCACACGCAGGUCGCCCGGUGUCGCGCCGGCGCCAGGGCAGGGGCAGCUGUGCCGCUUCGCCUCGGUGGAGCAGCGGAGACGUCGUUGGAAGAGUACAUUGUUGCGACCUGGGCUGCUCCAGUGCAGCUUUCAGCUGGGAUGUUACGGGCAAGCGGCUGCUCGUGGCCGCGCAAGAGCUGUGCGGAGUCAAUUAUCGAAAAAGCGGCAGAUGCUUCUCCACUAGCCACGACGGUGGGACGGGAUUACGCGGCGCUGGAGCCCAUGGUAGAGUCACCCCACCAUGCAGGCAGCGCGGCAGAUGGCGUUGGCGACGACUAUUUGCGACAAUGUGAUGAUGCGGCGGUGGGAUUGACGGUCGCAGAAGAGGAAGUGGCUGCGCGCGCUGCUCUGAUGUACUGGGAGGGUGCUCGGCUGGCGCUCGGGAUGGAGGCACCAGGGCAGGCAGACGAUGGGGACAGAGGGACUUGGGUAGCACAUUUGUUCAGUGUCUCGCUUGAUUUCCUCGUCGCAUCUCAGCUCGCGCUUGUCUCCGCGCAGAUGACUGACGGUGUGGUGGUGCUCGCCGUGGAUGAGGCAGUGCCGGAGUCGCUUCUCACGCGACUGUUGCGGCGACUCGAUCGUGCGGCGCCAGGUGCAACGCUCGAGGUGCCGUCCUCUAUUCUAACGCGCGCCAAGCCAUCCUUUUUUCUCCCUUCGUACCACACGCAGCGCGUCCCUGCACCACUCGCGUCGAGAGCGCGCGCGUCAUCGUCAGUGACCUCUGCGGUGGUGGGGACGUCAAUGGGGCCACCGGCUGCGCGUCCAGUGCGGCGUCAUCUCGCACCCGCAGAAAGUGUCGUGAGUGCUCCACCGCCGCCCUGUUACCCAGAGACCCUUCAGGGUGGCGCUCUCACGCACGCAAACGGUCGCACUCUCGUUCUGCAGCGCGUUGAGGCGCUCCCUGCACGGACCCUCAAGCUCCUACAGGAGGCCCUGCACGAUGAAGCAAGCGAUGUGGAGAAAAAGGAGGUGGCAGCGUUUGACUCGCAUGAGAGCGAGGGCGCAUUCGGCUCUUGUGUCGCGACGUCGUCCCGCGCAGCAGGUCAGGAGCAGCGACAGUUAGCGCAGACACCGUCCACGAACCCCGCCGGCGCUACUCGUCGUUUGAUUCGACGCGAGGGCGGUCAAACAGUGAAGUACUGCGCCACACACAGCGCUCUGUGCAGUGUGCGGCAGGGAUUGUCAUUUAUGCAGAAGAGCCAACUGGUCGAGUUUGCGGAGCGCUGCGACGUCGUCGUGCGACCAGCGUAUGACACGCACCGGCAGAUGACUGCGCUGCAGGGCAGCACUGUGCCCUCCUUUAGCAAGUUGCUUCACGCUCGUGGUGAGGCAUGGCUGGAACUUCUGGGCGCAGCGCUGGCGCUACCUAUGCACAAGGUCGUCGCUGAUGGCCCUCCGCUGAACUCCAUUGCCGCAGCACCAAGCUAUGCCCCCAAUGAUGCACCGACGCUGUCGGAGGCGUGCAGCCGACUCCUGAGCACGUACUUCAUCGCAGCCAAGGCGCUGUGUGUCGAGGGAGCCGACGCGAGCAUGAUGAAGACCCUUGUAAAGCUCACUGUGGCGCACACGGAGUGGCGCACACGCCUCACGGUGGCCCUUCAGCAAGGGACAGGGAACUCCAUAACAGCAUUCUCUCCGACUUGUGCGGUGACGGCGCUGAUCGACGCGGUGGUCGCGGUGGGGCUGUGCGACGCGACACUGCACUUCUUCACAGCCAAGACGCUUCUCGGUGAGUGCGUGUUUCGCCUCCUUGAGUCCGAGGCGUGGCCUGUCUUGGUAUCCGAGUAUUGCAGUGUCCAGUCUCCGCAGCAGGAGGAGCACGACACGCGCAGCGCGUUCGGUAGUGCUUCUGUACAUGGUAAAGAAGGCGGCCUGCUCAGCUGGCAGCAGCUCUACGCUGAAAUCGAGUACCGCACGCGCCUUGUUCCCGUCUCGGCGCACCCCACAGAGCUGCAGCCGUCCUCCUUCUCGAUUCUGCAGCUGGCGCAGGACUUGCAGAGCCACCUCGAGUGUACGGUGCGACAAAGCCACGUCGCUCGUUCGUUGACGGAGGGAGGCGCAGGGUAG